UCAAGGGCAGAGCUGGGUUUCCCGGGAGGUGAGGCAGAGGCAGAGCCUGCCCGUGCCCGGGGGGCAGCAGCUCAGCCCCAUGUCCAGAGGAGGGGAGAUGGUUUAUAUCCCGGAUGACUCCGACUUCAGCUCCUUCAGGGAUCAGUGCGAGAGCCUGGAGGGCUGGCACUGUCGGUAUAACAAGGCUGGCGUGACCGUGUGGAGUCAGGGCCAGGAGGAGAGCUGCACCGUGCAGAAAAUCAAGACCCGCAUCUCCUGCAAGGACGUCCCUGCCGAGACCCUCUAUGACGUGCUGCACGACACCCGCUACCGCAAGAAGUGGGACUCCAACAUGAUCGAGACCUACGACAUCGGGCGCCUCACCGUCAACGCCGAUGUGGGAUACUACUCGUGGAAGUGCCCGAGCCCCCUGAAGAACCGGGAUUUCGUCACGCUGCGCUCCUGGCUGCCCCUGGGCAAUGACUACAUGAUCAUCAACUACAGCGUCAAGCACCCGAAAUACCCGCCCCGGAAGGAUUUCGUCAGGGCCGUGUCCCUGCAGACUGGGUACCUGAUCAAGGCCAACGGGGACGGGGCCUGCAUCCUCUAUUACCUCACCCAGGUGGACCCUCGCGGGUCGCUGCCAAAGUGGGUGGUGAACCGCGUGUCCCAGUUUGUGGCACCGAAGGCGAUGAAGAAAAUCUACAAGGCUGGGCUGAAGUACCCGGAGUGGAAGCGCCGGCACGACCCCGAAUACAAGCCCUGGGUGUACCCCGAGCAGAACACGCUGCCCAGUGUCAGCCUGGCCGAGCUCUCCGUGCAGCACGCGGACUCCCUGGAAAACAUCGACGAGACUGGGCUGCCCGAGGACCACCUGAGCACCAGCGACCACGAGGCCUGAGCCCUCCGCGCGGGGCAAUCCCCUCAUCACCGAGGCUUGGCACCCGGGGCACCGCUGGCAGUUUGGCUCCCUGCUUCCCAAUAGUCACAUCUGCUCUCCAACUCCUUCAUCGCUGACCCUGCUCUCCCUGCCCAGGCCGUGGGGAACUGUCCUGUGGGAUCUGCUGGAAAGUGGGAGGACGGGCACCCUGGGGCCCCCUGU